AUGAGGAAGCUGGGGAAGAGGCAGAAUCUGUUGUUGAAGAAGAUCCAGUGCAACAACAACAACAGAAUGAGGAAGAAAGGUAAACUCACACUUUAUAUGGGAGGCUGCGGUUAAGACUGAUUUCUACUAUAAACUUGCAUUAUACUAAUCAUGUACCUCAAUGACCUCUUCCCAAUAGUGAAGUUCCUGAGAAUGCAGAAGACUCUUCUGAAACAUCGAUGGGUCCUCUCCCCGGCGAUUACAGCCCCAUUCCAGAGGAUUCUCAGGCUGAAGAGAUGACAGUAGAGGAGGCUGAAACGACACAAGAGCUACAGUUCAGCAGUUUUACAGCAAAGGACUUUCGCCGGAUUAAGGUUUUAGGCAGAGGAAGCUUCGGCAAGGUUCUACUAGUAGAGUAUCUUCCAGCAAACAUCUAUUGCGCUAUUAAAGUGCUCAAGAAGGACAACAUCGACUCCACUGAUGAUAUAGAACACAUUUUAACAGAGAAGCAAAUUGGGCAGUUGGUGAAUCCACACAGUUUUAUAGUGGACUUAUACGCCACAUUCAGCACCAAAAACCAGCUGUUUUUCAUCAUGGAGUUUGUGGCAGGAGGCAGUUUAAGAACCCACCUGAUGAGGAGCAAGCACUUUGAUCUACAGACAACCAAGUUCUACGCUGCUUGUAUAACGCUUGGUUUAGAAGGAAUUCACAGCAAGGACGUCAUACACAGAGAUUUAAAGCCGGGGAAUCUACUAAUGGAUCAAGACGGCUACAUCAAGAUCGCCGAUUUUGGGAUGAGCAAAACUGGCAUUGGAUAUGGAGACCGCACCAACACCAUGGUUGGGAGUCCUGCUUAUAUGGCGCCCGAAGUCGUGAUGGAGGAGGAGUACUCAAGAGCCAUCGACUGGUGGGCUCUUGGCGUCAUCGUUUAUGAGAUGCUCCUCGGAACGGUAAGCAGCAAUUGCCACUGGCCAGCUAUAGGUGGAUGUAUUAAAGUUAAAUACUGUUCUUUAUCUAUACUCAUCAAACACUCUGUAUAAAAAAGCAUGGCCUCCUAAUAAAUACCCAUGAAUCAUUUCAGAGACCUUUCACCGGAUACGACAGGGACUUUAUAUACGAUUCCAUCGUGGAGGAUGAGCCACAGUACCCCUCAUCCCUGGACUCCGAAGCAGUAAGCUUCAUA